AGGUUGUUGUUUUUUCCCUUUCCACCGUUUGCCCAACACUGGACGUGCGUUGUCUUGAAUUGUGCUUGGUUUUGCCGCUCGUGCGUGUUGGUGCACCUCACGCUCCGUAAAGAAUCUCUCUCCGUCAAAAAGGGGGAGGGAGGGGAAGCUCAACGGAAUACAUCUUCUUUUUUCAUGUACUUCUGACAUCAAAACCGCUCCGUUUGUUGUUCUCGUUGUUAGCAGCGAUUCGCCGUGACGCGUAGGUUGCUAUGCCGUACGGGCGUGCACUCCGACACGCGUCUGUGCUCCUCCUCUUUGGGGUUCUGCUGUUGAUUGGCGUUUUUGUCGACAAUACGCUCGACCGCAGUGACGGCGCGUACGCCGAUGACGCACGUGAGCAGCGCGCGGGCGGCGUGUCGCUGCGCACCCUCCUCCACUCCCCGUCUUACUGGCGCCGUGUCCCGCUGACGCUGGACCGGCGCGAGUACCCCUACGUGACGGAUGCAUUUGCGAGCGAAUUCCUGCAGCGCACGACACCCCCGCAGCUGGCCGACGUGCGGGACAACCGCACGUUGACGUCGGAUGACUUCUUUGAGGAGCUGCAGCUGUGGCGCAGACCGGGCAGCGCGGCAGCGCAAAUGUCGCGGGUGAUGCAGGCGCAAAUCGAGCAGGAGCGGGUGGCCGCACGCGCGACGGCGGUGCAGCAGCGCCACAGCAAAUCGUGGAGAACACGAAGGGAACCGCCGCCGCCGCUGCUUUCCGCUCUUUGGCCUUCCUUCUUGAUGGGUGAGGCGAGUCGGAGGGACGCCCCUGGCGCGACGGAAGACGGCGUGCCUCGGUUUGUGGAGGUACGCUACGCGAGCCGCACGCUGUACUACGGCAGAAGCACGGCGGUGGCGGCGCGGCGUACUGGCAACAACGAGGAGACGAAUAUGGCUGAUCCCGUCGUUCCGACAGCACACAAUGGGACUACGGUGGCACGGCGCCAGGCAGUCUCUUUGGCAACGGACGAGGCGCGUCUUGUUCCAUAUCCUUUUGUACCUUACACUGGUCUCGACGUCGGCGAAGCGGCCGCUCAACGCACGCAGGACGACAAGGGGGAUAAAGUGCCGACGGACGCGGACGGGGCCGUGACACCGCCCACCACGUUGGUGCGCAUCGGCAAAGGAAAGCUGCGGUACACCGCAUCGCAUCGCACCGCCCCGCACGCGCCCACCCACGGCUGGGAUCACUUCUACAUUGCGUUAAACCUGUGGAAAAGCGAAGGUAUUAUUCCCGACCUCACCGACGCCCUCAUCACUUUUCUUGAGGACGACGUGAAACCUAUUUUCGACCUGGCCACCUCCGUGGUGGUGUCCGUGUACGCGAACGUCUCCCCUGACCGAACUGCCGAGCUGAUCGAGUCGAUUUUAAUCCCACGCCUGCAUGCGAUUGGUGUUCACACGGUGUACGCGACGACGGAGGGGUCCUGCCUGGGCUACGUGGAGCGCCGUCCCUUUCAUGAGCGGAUUGAGUGGAUGGCGUGCAUCCGCAACGAGGCGCUCAAGCCGCUUUACGACAACGGCAUGCGUGUGUUUCACUCCGCAUGGCGCGCUGAUGACGGAGACGAUGCAGACGCACCAGCAGAUAACGGCAGCAAAAGGCACGACCCCAAUACAACAGCCAGUAGCGACGGACUUGUGGUGCUGUUCUUUAAUGACAUCUUCUUCCGUUCGCAGGACAUCACAACGCUGUUGGAGAGCAGGGCCGAGACGCUAAUGAGCUCAAAAGUUCGGCCGCACGGUUGGGUCAGCUCUGCUUCGACGUCGAACCCCACCACACCUGCAACGGCAGAUCCGUCGGCGACGGCCAACGCCGGCCGCACCGAUUCUCCUCCACGACUGCAGCAACCGAAAGCCGGAAGCUCAGAGACGACAACACGAGGGACGACGUUCGACAUGGCGUGUGGGAUGGACUUCUACUACACCUUCUACGACACGUGGGUCACGCGAGAUCGCCUGGGCAACCCCUUUGAGGCGCAGAUGCCGUACUCGGACGAUCACGCCACGCAGGAAGCCUUCUACCGUAUUUUGAACCACGACCUGGGCAAGCCGGAACGUGCCACCUCGAUGCACGCCGACGCAUCCGUGGCCUUCUCGCCAGAGAUGUCGGCGGUGCCGGUGAAGUGCUGCUGGAACGGCGUAGCGGCCAUCCGGGGUCGCUUUUUCCUUCCACCCACGCCAGCGCACCGUCUGGGAUUUCCAGCUCGAGAGACGCGUCUUCGCGCGCAGCGGCGGUGGCAGCUUCUUCCGCACCGCGUCAACGGCAUCAACGACGAGAUCAAAAACGAUACGAUUAAUAUUAAUAGGAAUGACAGCGCUGCAACACAGCCGCAGGGUGGCGUAGAAAGCGGCGAGGCGGUGCCCUCCUUUAUCUCAGUGCGUGAAGAUGCCCCCCUCGUGGUGAUGCGGCCCUCCGGUGCCGUGUACGACUUGCUUGGCAGCGCCGGCGUUGCCAUGAACAUCACGGGCAUGGCGGCGUACCUCACACGUGUGUGGACCCGGCGCUUGCAGUCCACACGGGCGGCGUGGAACAGCACACGUGCUGAGAUCGCCGAGCUCACGGGCCAUCCGUUUUACAGUCCGGUGGUGUACGCCAACACGAGCUCCUUCACCGCGUUGCUACAAGCGGUGCUGACGGAGCAGCAGCACGGCGAGCACGCCUCAAAUGGGCUCACCGCUUCCACGACGAGGAGUGCCUUUGAGUGGCUGACGCUCGCCCUUACCUCCGGCAACGUCACCGCUCUCGGGGGUACCUCCUCCCUCGCUUCGCUGAUUGCAGAUCUUCAAGAGAAGAACGUUGAAGCGGACGGCGGUCAAGCGGGUGCUACGGCGCAGCCCAUGAGCGAAAUACGCGUACGUGACGACAGCACGUACUACGUCGCGCGGCACCCCGCCGUGCGCUUCCGCCACGCCUUCACGCCUUCCUACGGCGCCACCGUCAGCGGCCUCAAGCCCGUCCGCGACGACGUCUGUCUCUCCUCGGAGUGUCUGCUGAUAUGCCAAGACGUGAUGCAGGCGGCGAUUCUGCAGGACCGCCGCGCCCCCGUCAUCCUGCUCAACCCGCACGUCCGCGUCGCCUACGACGUGGACCACUUCGCACGCGUGACGCGACACACGUGGUUCUUUGAGCACCCGUACGUAUACUGGGUGUGGGUGAUGGCCCGACGCGUGCAGCUGUGGUGGUCCACCGGCAGCUCAAGCGGUGCGGCGGCUGAUAGCGCGGUGCGAGAGUUAGGGAAAGACACGUCCGCCACAGACGAUUGGCUGCGUGACCCGGCGACGACAGGGACGUCGUCGACACACCCGCCCUCGUCGUUUACGCCAAAUCCAGAGCAGCUGCCGAGCAGGCGCGAAACACUUACCAUUGAAGAUGGUCGAGGUAACGUGAUCGACGUGGGCGUGAUGGACGUUGUCACGCUUACGCAGAUGGCCUGUCAGCGCAUCACGGCUGGCUCCAUCGGACUCGCCGUCGGUGCCUUCUUCCCGCUGCUUCGAUUUGGUCAGCUGCUGUUGGUUGCGCUGCUGCUGCGUUGGUUGUGCUGGAGCAUUCAGUCCGGCGUCGCCGCGAAGGUCCACGCUGACGUCAACGGCAGUAACGGCAAUGGUGGUGAUCGGAGUACACUAAAUGAAGCCGUGCACAACAACCCAUCGUCGCUGUCUCUCGAGGAGCAGUGGUGGUCGUUGGUGUACAACGCGGUUUGGUACUCCCGCGUUGCCCGUCGUCUGCGGAGCUGGGUGGACGGCCUCUCCGCGACGGACUGGACCGCCAGCCGCCACGGCGGUGACCGCGACUACCUCGCCGGCGAACACGCUCGUGGCGCGGCGCAAUUGAGCGAUGCGAACGAAGCGUUUUACGCGCGUAAGAAUUUGAAUAUCCGCCGCGGUGGCGGCUCGUCCCCCGCUUCUUCCUCCUCCAUCUCCUCUGUCCCUCUCCUGCACCAGCAGCUGCGUCAGCACUACCGUCGCAAGAAGGUCGCCGCCACGUUGGGCUCGUGUGCGCACCAAACUCGCUGCUUCCUUCGUGCAAUCGCUCGCGCGGUGCUGUGGUUGCUGGGGACGCUGUGUUGCGUGCGCUGCUGGUGUGGCUGCCGCCCACCCGGCCCCCCACCCGCGCCGCGCUGCUGCGCAGCUACAAAACUCGGUAGGUGGUGGAAUACGAUGGUCGUUGGGGUCGAGGGUGCCAGCGGAAGCGGUGAGCCAAGGCGCCCUCUUGUCCCUCCGGCGCGUUUUGAAAUGGACCGCCGAGGUGCGACACAGGGCGGCGAGGCAUGGCGUCGUGCGGCAGGGCUUCUGUCAAGCUACACCAGUAGUUAUUCGAACGAUGAGCAACGCUUCGCCGUGGUUCGUGACGGGAGCCGUAGCAGCUCUUAUGGGCGCAGUGCUGCCGCGCCUGCCUCGCCUGCUGGCGUUUUUCGGGAGUCGGGCGAUGAGGCAGAGAACUGGGUACCUGGCCCACAGCCGCAGCAGUGGUGGUCUUCUCCAUGGCAGAGGCGCAGCGCAGCAGCAGCAGCAGCAGCCGAUGUAGCCACGCCCACAACUGUAGCAACGCACGGCAUAAACCCGCUCGUGGCCCCGGUGGUGCUCGUCAACGCCGAUAGCCCCGUCCCGACGCCUCUCCUUCUCUCUGACAACCCGUACGGUGGCGGUGGUGCGCUGCAGAGCGUGCGUCCGCGCAACACCAACGCACGCGCUGCCGCACCGUACUCACCGACCUCGCCGAGUGGUGUCCGAGCGGGGGACUUUGUGGGAGGCGGGGAGGCGAGUGUGUAA